AUGGCGGGCCACAUUUCCGCCGAUGCCGUCAUCAGUGUACUUGCUCCUUGCGAUACCUCGUGCGGUUACAUCGCCUGGACGCCGUCCUCCGACAGCCAGCCGCCGCUCAACGGCAACUCGCUCAAUGUUCCCGCCCUCGGGCUCGGACCGCUCUAUGACGAAGAGUCGGGAGAGUCGCCAAGCCCAUUGACCUUAGCACCAACUGGCCAGGCCACUGCCCGUUGGCUGGCACAAGCCACUAAGCCGCACUACGGCGCCACAACCCCACAAACUUUCACAAGCACACGCAGGACUGAGCCCCUGAGCAUCUUGUCCUUCCUAUCGGGCGCGGCUGGCGUCGGGUUUCUCAACCUGACCACGCCGGACGGGGCAAUCAUCGCCGGCUUCAACAAGACAAUGGUAGAAGUCUUUGCCUACCAGGCGGUCAUGAACACCUUCAACUCGUUCCUGCUCGGCGAUAUCUACGAUUCUAGGUUUCGGGGGUACCGUCAACUCCACCGUGGGCAUGACGGCGCUGCUAGGCACGAAAAAGGGGACUCUAUAGAAGGCCCCUCGCAAGACGUCCAUACUCCACGCCCUACUCUACCCCGAGCCGACACACCGGAACAUCGCGACGCACUAGAAGACAUCCACGCUUAG